AUGACCACAGUUUAUGUGAAUGGAGCCCUGGGGAGCCCCCGCUAUGCCAGAUGGAAUCGCCGGGAAAGCACUGAAGACUGUGGCUGGACGGAGCGCUACCAGGGCGAUGCGGAAGGGUCGAAUCACAGGCUGACGCCGUUUGAGAAACUCACUCAAGACAUGUCCAAGGAUGAGAAGGUGGUGAGAGAAAUCACCCUUGGGAAGAGGAUUGGUUUCUACCGGGUUCGAGGGGAAAUUGGAAGUGGAAACUUCUCCCAGGUGAAGCUUGGAAUUCACUCCCUAACCAAAGAAAAGGUGGCUAUUAAGAUCCUGGACAAGACCAAGUUAGACCAGAAAACCCAAAGGCUACUGUCGCGUGAGAUCUCCACCAUGGAGAAACUGCAUCACCCCAACAUCAUCCGUCUUUAUGAAGUUGUUGAGACCCUGUCUAAGCUCCACCUGGUGAUGGAGUAUGCUGGAGGGGGAGAGCUCUUCGUGAAGAUCAGCACCGAGGGGAAGCUCUCAGAAACCGAAAGCAAGCUCAUUUUCUCCCAGAUUGUGUCCGCUGUGAAGCACAUGGUGAGCUGGGAGAUAUUCCUGAGUGUCCACAAUACCAGUCUGGCUAGAGUUGCUUGA